AACAGGUCUAUAACAAUAUUUCUGGUAAGUUUAUGCUAUAAUCUCGCUUUUUGAAAAAUUUAAGCCUCUUCGAUCAAUGGACUUUGUUUUUCACUGUAAAUUCGACAAUCAAUAAGAUGUGCAUAAUAGGUAAAAAAAUUGUAUAUUUAUUGGAUAGAAAACAAUUAUGCCAUUUACAGUAGUUACUUACGAAAAAUAUUUAUUCAUAAAAUAAAAACAUCGUCGUGGCCGUCGGAUGUCUAUCUAGUCCACUGAGCUGAGAUCAACUUCAUCACUCAUCUAAAAUUCAGUAGCUCACAGCGCUCGGACUCAUAUGCGUGUGUCUACGACGUAAUAGUUUUGCGCGCCAAAAUAUCGGGGAAUGUAAUCUUUUUUUAGUUACUAUGUUUUAAAGUUCUCAAAUAUUUUAUUGCGUCAUUUUUAGCUGUUAAUAUAUUCUUUUCAUUAUUUUUAAGUUGAUAUAAUAAUUGACAUGGUUAUAAAAAGUUUCAAGGCAGUGCGAUAUUUCAGUAUUUGGGCAAUGGGCCAAACUUUAGAUAAACAUUACGUUUGAUGCAUUUAGUGACAAAGUUUAAAGUUUAUAAACAACAACACAAGACAUUUGAAGUUUUUUAUGGUGUUUUAUUAAUUAUUGAAAUAUAAAAAAAUCUCUUGGCUAUUUUUAAUAUGGUUGCAAAUAAAAGUGAAAGUGUUUAUAAGUCUAAAAGGGUGAAUUAUUUUGUUUAAUGUAACAAAUAUAUUUUGUGGUGCGUUUAACGUUAAUUAUGAGUGUUGAAUCAUCAAAGCCAAUUCGUAGUGAUGCGGGUGAACUGGAGUCACAAGACACAGCAAUUAGGAGCCCAUCAAUAAGGGUCACUACGCCGAAGAAAUCUUUGGCACUAAGAUUAUGGGUGCUGUUGCAGCCGCUCGCAAGAUUAUGGGGCCUUAUUACUGCUGUUGUUCUGAGUGGUGCCGGAGCAGAACUAAUGGUGCUCGGGUACGAAGUCGCGCCGGGCUUCUUAGUUGGUGCAGCUCUGGUGUUCGUAAUGGAGACAAUGUGGGUGGCAGCGCUGUUCGUGGACCUGUUGUGUCGGCGCGGGCAAUACACGCUGUCUCUACGCUGCUGGGAUUUCGCAAGGUGGUCAUGUGGACGUGCGCGUGCGCCGUUCUACGCAUGCGCCGCGACCGCUAUCUUGUUUGCUAAUCUGACAAUACUUGCUGCUGUUGCAGGUGGCCUAUUACUGGUGUUGGCUGGGUUACGGGCGGCGGCGCCAUUCUCUCCAUUCGCAACUCACGGGCCGCACCACGCGCGCGCCGGCAGUUCUCUGCUCAGCCAACACGACUCUCCAAUACCUGAUGUCUUCUACAACGCUGCGCAUUCCGCUGACGAUAGAUGUGAAGAAAUGACAGUCCUCGAUAUAAAGACACCGGAGAAAUCACGAUCGACAACACCAAAGCAUUCUCUUCUAGAGAUCUGAUUUAAUUUAGUGUAUUUAUCUUAGUUCGUUUAUAUCUACUACGCGUACAGAAUAACAUGACACUGAGUCGUAUAACGGCUGACGCACUUGAUCUUUCAGUGACGUCAUUGGAUUGGGGUGACUUGUUAUUGCGCACGUGUUAUUUCAUAUUAACUAUAUGGUAAUUUUACAGAAAAACUGCGGUAUAAUGUACGUUUUAUUAUGUUUUCUAUGUUAGUUGUGUUAAUUUUAUAUGUAA